AUGUCAACUAGAUUACUAGCACAAUCCGUCAGAACUGCACUCAGAUCUUCUGUUUUCAGAAAUCAAUUAGCAAGAAUUUCUCUUCCAGCAAUUUCUAGUGUUAACUUUUCCACUUCUCUUUGCAGAAGAAAUGAGGCAAAGACACAACUUCAUGAAGUCAUUACCAACGAAUUAAAAUUUGAGGAAGAAGAUUCUUUUGGAUUAGAUGAAACUUUCAAGACCUACUUGGAAAAUAACAAGAUUGAAAUUGUCAACACAGAUGGUAAAGUUUUAGCAGAAUUAGUCAAGAAGUUUAACAAUGAAACCAUUCAUAUUUAUUUUGAUGUUUUAAGAAUCACCCAAACAUCCUACCAAUUGAAGCAGAUGCAAGAUCAAGUCGAGCAAUCUGAAUAUUUGGAUGAUGAAUUAGCAGAAAUUGCAAAUGCCGACAUCAAUGUCGUAAUUGUUAAGGAUUCUGUGGCUACGGGUUUUGACUUGUCAUUAUCCUUAGUCGACCAAUCAUUUUCGGUCCAAGCAAUUACCAAUUUUAAUAACGUUGAAACUGCGUUAAGCGAUUCUCCAGAAGCUUCUGCUGAGAGAGAUUUGAAGUAUUCCGGUCCGGAAUAUUCCAACUUAGCUGAGGAAUUGCAAGAAGCAAUAAACCAAUACUUAAUGUCUAGAGGUAUCAACAAUGAAUUAGCUGAAUUUAUCUUGGCGUAUUCUGGUGUUAAGGAAAACAACGAAUAUCUCGACUGGUUGGAGAACUUGAAAAAGUUUACUGCCUAA